AUGGAAGAAAAUCAAAAUUUCACACACUGCUAUCUCGAUGUUCCUCCCACACAUCAGAGCGGUGUUGACCCAAGUGAUAUCGAUCCAACUGACAAGGAUGUGGAUGCUAUGUCUACAGAUAAUCAUGAGGAUCCCCACUCACCUAUAAUCAGUCAGUAUGCAGCUCAUCUCCACCGCCAGGCUCAUGAAAACAUGAACACGGAUGCUUCCAACGAAACCAUCCACACUACAAUUGGACAUCUCUCAGCUGAGGACACUGGUCUGACCACUGGUGAACUCAAUCCCACAGAGGAGGAUGUUGAUGCUAUGGAAACCAACACUGACACCAUCCACGGCUCACCUCAACAAAGUUCAGAAGAUGACAUGAAUACCAGAGACCAGGAUGUCGAUGAUCUGGAAAACAAUCAAGACACCGUCCACACCUCACCUAACACGACCACUCAGGAGCCAAAUUCAGACGACGACCAGGACGUGGAGGAUAUGGACCACGGCACAGAGGAUGUCCACAAUUCCAAGUGUCAGAUGUGGGUUCUUGUCCCACAUCCGCUUUUUGUUGACGACCAGGCUGUGGAUGCUGUGUUAGACGACUCAAUAGAUGUCCAGAGCCCACCGCUCCAGGACACCAAAUCUGUGCACCAUCAGCCAAAGUCACCUACAACAACUCAGAAUGAGACCGAUAAUGAACCUGACAACGAUAUGGACCAUGACGCAUACGAUGUCCACACCCCACGGAACCUCGACACAAAAGAUGUCCACCAUCAGCCUGAGUCACCUACAAGAAGUCAGAAUGAGACCGGCAAUGAACCUGACAACGAAGUCCAGACAACUCCUCUUGCCCCCAAUGAGAAGACCACGGAGACUCGUACUUUCGGAACACUAUACCCUGGCCAGUGGGACCCACCUUCCAAAAUCUAUGAUAAAGCAGAUCACCCAGACAGCCCGGAGAUUAAUCACCUACUAUAUCAUGGUCUCAGGAUUUACGACAAAACGGCUGUUAGCCCAGACCCACCACUAUCCACAGGUCCUAUAUUCGACCAAACAGCUGGUCCAUCCUCUCCACCCAUUCGUUUACGGUUGUCACCACUCCCUUUCACUCCACUCACAUCACCGGUCAAGAGUAAUGAAGGUGGUCUUGGUUUCGCAAGCCACGCCGGGACACCAAAUGCAUUUACAGCCACAGCUUCUACGAACUCAGCCAUUGAUGAGGCUGCCGAGGAUCCCGUCGUCGAUCUCACAAGAACUAAAGACCCACCCACACACGUUCCAUCUAUGCUCGAAAACCUUCUAGCUAAGGAAUUUUUCAACUCUCCACUCAUUCCUGCUUUGGGUCUCAUCACCCCACUCCCAGAGAGGGAAUGGGAUUUUUUCCAUAGCAUCCUCAAACCCAACAUUGAUGUGUUCCAUAGCACUCCAUUUGAAUUUGAGUUUUCAAACAAAUUUCUGCUCGAAAUUGCUCAGCCUAAGCAAUGGACAACCGAAUAUGUUUGUUCAAAAUACUAA